GCGGGUGGUGGGCCGCGACGGGUCAGUGGUGGAUGCCCAUUGGUAUUGCUGUUUAUACAAAUUAGUAGGGGUGUGUGCACCCUAGCCUAUCUUUUGCAGCGGUGUGUUGGGACUUCGCUGGGCUCCCCGUUGGUGGUUGAUUAAUUAAUUAAUCAAGUCAUCGAACGGCGGCAGGGUCCCAUCGCCUCGCCUCUGUUCUCCCUCCCAAAGUAAGGGUAUUCGCGAAGUGUGGAAUUUUGGCUGGCAAACCGUGAACCGAGGGUGGCAACGGCUCCUCGUCUGUCGACUGUGUUUGUUGAUUGAUUGGUCCUUCGUUCUCCAAUCAAUACACAGGUGGAGAGACACAGAGAGAGAGAGAGAGAGAGAGAGAGAGAGAGAGAGAGAGAGAGAGAGAGAGGAGCUGACAAGAUGCCAGGUGUAGAGGGACGCCCGCGUACCAUCGAGGAGUUGGUUGCAACCAACUCGUAUAAUCCGAUGAUCGUGUCAGAUCUCGAAGAGUAUGUAAUGAUGGAACAGUUUGAACCCGAGAAGGUUAACAUUACAAUCAUGUCGAGAAUUCUCACCAAGGCAUUGAUGGCGAUGCCGUCGAUGGACUUCUCCCUGUGCAUGUACUUGAUUCCAGAGAAACUGCAAAUUGAGGAGCCGUUCUUCACGUUCACCGAACUUUCACACUUGCUUGAGACUGCGAACUUCAGGGAGUUUUGGGCAAUGGCAAUGAGGAGUCGGGAUCUGUUGGAGGUGGUCCCAGGGUUCGAGCAAGCUAUUCAGGAAUACGCGAUUCAUGUUCUGUCGAUUACGUGUAAACGGGUUCCACGACAUAUCCUUGCAGAGGCGGUGAACAUCGAUGGGCCAUCUCUGGACAAAUUUUUGGCAAUGCAAUGCCAGAAGUGUGGAUGGGAAGUGGAGACAAUCUCAGAAGGACGGCAGAUGGUGGUUCUGCCAGACAAUGAAGACAACAACCCGUCGCUGAGAAAGGUUCAGUCUGAUAGUAUCUCUCUAAGAGAGGUUGCACGGCUGUUCCCUGUCAUGUCAUGAGCGAGCUAGAGAGCGUGCGAGCGAGCGAGUGUGCAAGAUCCACCUGAGUUAUGGUUCCAGAGAGGCUGUUUUGUGCCUGUCGUCAGCAAGGCCUCGACCGUGCCACUCGCUGCUGUGCAAGUUUAUAGUUUUGCUUGUCCACUUAGUUUGUUGUCUUGAGAGCUCUUCUAGAAUACUGUGGGCUUUCUUUCGUCCACCGAGGUGAGGGGACUGAUGCCGUCAGUGAGAGGGCGGAUGAUGGUGGAUUCUUUUUGUGGAGAGAGAGAGAGAGAGAGAGAGAGAGAGAGAGAGAGAGAGAGAGAGAGAGAGAGAGAAUGUGGUUUGGUUUUGACCAUAAUGGUCUAUGUGAUUUAACCAUUUUAGCACUCGUGUUUCACUCCUCUCUUGUUGCAUGGUUCUCGCCCCCCCCUCUCCCCCCUCUUCCCCCAUCCCUGAAUGAAUGUAAACAUUGUGA